AUGGCGUCUAGUUCCUUCACGAGUUAUAACGUUCAUCUACCGACAGAUGUGAUUCCAACGGCGGAAACUAAAAUCAAGCUAGCAGAUCGUAUUUUAGUUUCGCCGUUAGUGUUGGGUACUUGGGCUUGGGGCGAUACAAGAGUAUGGAAUUGGAAUGAAGAACUUAAUGGGAAGGCAAAAGAAGCUUUCGACGUGUCGAUGUCGAAGGGAAUUAACACUUUCGAUACUGCUGAAAUAUAUGGUCACGGAGAAAGUGAACGCUGUAUCGCUCGAUAUAAAUCGACUGAGAAUGCGGAAGAUAUUGUUAUUGCUACGAAAUUUCUUCCUUAUCCAUACAGAUUAGCAUACCCAAGUUCACUUCUCAAUGCGCUUCGUGCCAGUUUAGAGAGAUUGCAAGUUCAAUGUGUUGAUCUGUAUCAAAUUCAUGGCCCUAUUCAUCUGCGUUCGAUUCAAGUUCUUGCUGAUGCAUUAGCUGAAGCAGUUAAACUUGGAUUAACAAAAACUGUCGGUGUAUCGAAUUAUUCAACCGAUGAGAUGAUUAAAAUGUACGAUUGUUUACAAAAGCAUGGUAUUCAGUUAGCUUCGAAUCAAGUAGAAUAUUCGCUUCUUCGACGAUUACCCGAAACAUCUGGACAUAUUGCUGAAUGUCAUAAACGAGGUAUUGCAGUACUUGGAUAUUCUCCUUUGGCUAUGGGUCGUCUAACAGGAAAAUAUUCCAAAUCGAAUCCGGUACCCUCUGGUCGUAUGUUUUCCGAUGUGAACAUGGAUGAACUUGAACCACUCUUAGAAACAAUGCGGCGCAUCGCCGAUAAACACCAUGUUAGUGUGUCAUCAGUUGCUUUGAAUUAUGUUAUAUGCAAAGGCGUUAUUCCACUCGGUGGUGCUCGAGAUGGUAAGCAAGCAGAACAGAAUGCAGGGGCACUUGGAUGGCGUUUGACGAAUGACGAAAUCAUUGAACUCGAAGCUCAUCCCAUAACUCCACGUUCAGGCUUUUGGAAUCGUUUUUGGCAACAUGGUUAA